AGAUGAGGUCGCAAGGCGGAUGCGUAGAUGCAGGGCGAGGGGCCGUCACCACAGCGAUGCCGCUUCGCAUAAAGAAUCCGGAUCGGAUAGUCCUGUCCUGUGUGUUUGGAUUAAACGCAGACCCUGGCUGGCGAUCGCUUGCCUCUGAGGAACUAUCGGGAGCCGACCGAUAGCAGAGGCUCAGCCUACGCGCGAAGGCUGGCCCCUGGCAUAUACCUGCCGCAAUCAUCCCUAGCAGGCCCCUCCGCCGCUCAUUUAGCCCUUCCUUCCACCUCUCGUCUUGUUGACUUUUUGCUCUCCCAUUUCACACGCGCGCUGUACCUAAUACCAUAUCGACACUCCUUUGUCUUUGACUGCGGGAGAGCGACUGCGACACCGACACUGAGCCCUAGGCUCCUUUAUCCUUCCGGAGGAAACAAAUCAAAGCCGAAAAAACGAAACGCGGAGACAUUUAGCCACCAUGAUGGCAUCGUCCAUGUUCCUGACGCCGCGGGCCCUCGGCGCCUACGCCAUCGUCGUCCUCCUCUUCCUCACUGUCCGCCAGCUCGGCACCACACACGCCACCUACAGCACCGCAGAAUGGACGUCGGGCAAGCUGUCCCACCUAACCGGCGGCUCCGGCCCCAAGCCCGCAAAUGCAACCCUCGACUUCCAGGAAAUCGUCUACAUUUCUAUGCCCUACCGCACCGACCGACAGGAUGCUAUGGCACUUAUAGCCGCGCAGACGGGCAUCAAGCUGAACAAGAUGAUCGCUGGCAUCCCCUCGGCCGACGUCCACGAGAAGGCGCGCCCGCUGACUGCGCACCCCAAGGAUGACCCCAAGAAGCCGUGGUUGGGUGUGUGGAGGGCGCACGCUGAUGCGUGGCGAUACAUCAUCGAUAACAACAUCCAGAGCGCGCUGAUCCUCGAGGACGAUGUCGACUGGGACGUAAAUGUGAAGGAGGUGUUUGGGCUCUGGAACUGGCAGAUGAAGACCAACAACUCGCUCGCAGAGAACAACGGCCGGGGAAAGAACGGCCAAGAGUGCGAAUAUGGCUGCGACUGGGACCACCUCUCCAUGGGCCAGUGCAUGUACAAGCCCCAUCCCAACGACAAAUCGCACUUCUCGUACAACGACCCCAACUCACCGGCCAUCAGCUCCUUCACCAAGGAGAACGCCAAGGAGAUGAAGGAGAACUGGAACUACAAGGACGAAGAUGCGGGUGUGCGCCUCAUCACGCCCACGUACCACCCGCUGUGCACCAUGGGCUACGCCAUGACGCAACGCGGCGCGCGCCGCGCCCUCUACCAAAUCGGCGGCUUCAAGGCCAUGGACAACCCGAUCGACUGGGAGUUCAUCUCGCACAUGAAGGACGGCCGCAUGCGAUCGUACACCAUCUCGCCGCCCGCGCUCGUCAAGUGGAAGGUGUUUGGCCCCGGCGACACAGACAACGACUACGGCCACGAGUACAAGACCAAGGACGACAUCGACGCCACGCAGGGCGGUGGCCAGAGCAAGGGCUUGCUCAACAGCGCGCGGGAGGCGCUCAAGGUGCUCGAUGGCACGUUCCACACGUGGAAGACUGGGCAGUAGCGUUUGCCAGCUCUAGGGAGGGAAGUCGAAUGGCUUGGUGACGCAGACGAGGAUUUUAUUUUGUUUGGUAUUCUUUUCUUUCUCCAGUCCUUCCUUUGGAUAGCUGCGCGCCAGCGAGCGAGCGAGCGAGCAAGCAUCCUUGAGAUACCACACCACAUCCCUGCGGGCUUUCACUCUGAUACACUUGUAUACUUAUAAUCGACGACCACCGAAAACAUACUUAGGGCGCGGGACGAAGCAGAUCUCAAUUGGGCUUGGCAACUGUUGCAGAAAUUGGUUUGGAUUUGGUUCGGGCUGGAUGAUGAUCUAGGGUUUCGGCACGCGUUCACGUGCGUGCGGCGCAUAUAGCGGGGUGGCUUGGUUAGCGACGGCGUCGACACGGCUGCUGUAUAUUUCUUAGAGA